GAUUUUGGGUGUUUCAAAUUAAGUCCACCUGAAUGUGAAUGUCUUAAAAUGAGUAAAAAGAAUUGGUUUUUAUCGUAACAAGUGUACAAAUCAAUUGGACUGUAAUUAUCAUAAGUAAUGAUAUCAUAAAAACAAAAUUCUUAGAGUAUUUCAAUCAUGGUUUUGUUAGGAAAUGAAGAGUUUUUGGCAGAGUUAUCAAAGUUAUUUCAAAAAGCUCGAGCAUCAGGAUCUGUAACUAUGACAAUGAAAAGAUAUGAUGGUAGAACAAAACCCCAUCCAAGAGAUGGUACCCCAGCAGUCAAAGAUCCAGAAUACAAAUGUCUGGUGAGAGCACAAUCCCGUAGCAAAAAAAUAUCAACCGUCAUAGAGCAAAGGGAUGUUGAAAAGUUUACUAUGGCAUACUCAAAUCUAUUGAAAACAAGUGUGAAUGGGCUCAAACGUUUAAAGAAGCCGAAGAAAAAGGCUAUGGCUGCUCAGUAAAGUUACUAUGGUCAAUAUAAGAGACUGAAGCAAUAUAAUUAUUAGUAUUUAUAUUAUGUGAAGUGUUGUGGGUGUUAUACAGAUUGUAUCAAACUUCUAGCAUGCUAUGAUCACAAAUACAAUAUGUAAUUUUUUUAAUUAAUAUCUAUUUCAGUGUGUCAAGAACUAUAUUCUAUUCUACUAUAUCACUGAUUGAAAGUGAUUAUUGUUGUUGGAAUGCUCAAGAUAACUUCAUCAAAUUGUAAUACAGCAACAUUACAGUAUAAAUAAAUUGUUGGUUUGAGUUGGUGUAAAUAUAUGUAGAAUAACAAAAAACCUCAUGUAAUUUCAGGACACAAAUUUUUGUCUCAUUCAGUUAGGAAAACAAAUAUUAUUACAACACUGAGUGUGACAUAAAUUUUAUGAUAGUGUAAGUUAUAUUCUACACAGCUUGACUCAAAUUUAUUUACUAAUACAACCACAUUCACAGAAUAGGUUCCGCAAAUUAAAUUAUAGAAAAUUCACAAAGUAGUGAAAAUGUUUGUAUAUAUUUACCUCCCAUUGAGGAAUGCCAAAUUUGAGUAAAUAACCCAGAUGGGGAUGCCAAUCGUUUUCAGUAUUUCGGAGUUUGAUCACACUAGAAGUUUGAUAAAACCUGUGCAGUUAAAUCUGUGUAUUUCAAGUUCCAUUGAAUUAUGCUCUUCUCUCUGUGAGAUGAAGAGUUGGAAUCUUACAUGUAGAUGGUGAUUGUGAUUGAUUUGUGCUUUAGGGCUAAAUCACAUUUGCCAGUACCAACUCACAAUUUAUCUGUUGAAUAUGACUAUAUUGAAUGAUGAUGUGUUCAGUUUUUCUUCCAGUUUUGUUUUAGCAUUCGUAUUUUUAUAUUAAUACUGCUUUAAAUGAAAACUCAAUUUACGUGGGAUGUUACGUCUGUAUGAGAAAGUUGGCUUAGCAUGUCCUAAAUUAGCACCACAGAUACUACAAAUUUGCAGUGUAACCCUUAAAAAACAUAGUGCUUAAGUACUAUAAUAUUAUAGCACAACAAAUUAUCAACCAAAAUGCAAGGGGUUUACAAAUGUGCUCUAGCAGCUCGCGUCUUAGAAUGAAGUGAUUGCGCGUAGGAUGAUUUCUUUUGCUUUGACUAUGACAUUAGAGUAUCAAAUACGAAGUCCAAUAAGCUGCGUUGCAUUCUGAAACUACCGACCAAGCCAACAGUCCAUACUCUGAAUUUUUUGUAUAGUUAUAAACAUUUAUGAAAUAAAUACUGCUGGUUCUCCAUA